UAACUGUCUGUAACUUAUCAGAUCUCUCUCAGCAUUGACGGCGUGACACAACAUUCGUUAUAUAGUGAUAUUCUGGCCACACCUUUAGACUACUGUCUGGUAACUUGGCCGUUCGCAGCAACGUACAUCAUAGUGGUCCAAGAAAGGCAUCCCACAUUCCAACAGUGAUAAACCGGCCCGCCUAUUCAAAGUCUCUACACUGUGGGCCGUCAUAGGUAACCUUGCUAUAGCAGGUGGUUCAGAGCAACAUGCGACAACCUCUCCGAACAACUUUCUUCACAUGCUCAGAUUCUCACCAUGACUUCAGAAAAGCUAGUUUCGGUGCUGGUCCAUGGCGCUUACCACCUACCACACUUCUGCCGCAAACCGAUCGAGCAGCUGCGUCGGGAUGGAUAUGUUGUGCUUGCACCCGCCCAUGACGGCCACGGGACUAGCCUAGACAACUCAAUUGCCGACAACAUGUAUGUAGACGACGAGAAGCGGAUCCAUGAAACCCCUCUCCCUCAUCUCCAUGCCGGGAGAGAGUCCGUUCUGGUCUGCCACAGCCAACGUGGCAUCGCCGGCAGUGCGGCUACUGCUGGCUAAACUGUGGAAGACCACGAGACAACAGGUCUGGAGGGAGGCAUCAAGCUGAUCAUCUAUCUCGCAGCUUUUUCAUUACCCAAACGGGGCCUGGGGCCUGACGACUGCGCUUGAUGGGAGAGGAGCAAGCAGCCGACUCCUAUUCAGUAAACAGGUAAUAGACUUGCACGUGGCAAAUGGUAAAACAUCUUAAAUGUAACGAGAUGGCCGCAGGUGCCUUCUACAGCGACCUGGUAGAGAUAGAAUGCGAGAUGUUAUCUCGGGCUCUGAUGACUCUAGAGCCCGGCGAGUGUGGUUGCGUCGGUGUAUUUCGUGGCCACUAAUAUCACGGUUCUGAAGACUUACA